UCUGAAAUCUCAAACGGAGUUCUCGCAGGUAAGAGAGAGAGGGAAGAACGAGAGAAGAGAGAGCGACAAUGGCGUCAAGAGUUUCUGCGUGGAUUUCGAUCCUUCUGGUUUCGUUGGUUUUCUCUUCUAUAAGAGCCGAGGAGGCGGAGACGAAGGAGUUCGUGUUAACUCUGGAUCACUCUAACUUCACCGAUACCGUCAGCAAGCACGAUUUCGUCGUCGUCGAGUUCUACGCCCCCUGGUGUGGACACUGCAAAAAACUUGCUCCUGAGUACGAGAAGGCUGCAUCUGAGUUGAGCAGCCAUGACCCUCCGGUCGUUCUCGCCAAGGUUGAUGCCAGCGAGGAAGCAAACAGAGAGCUCGCGAACCAGUUUGAGAUUCAGGGUUUCCCCACUAUCAAGAUUCUGAGAAAUGGAGGAAAAUCAUCUCAAGACUACAAUGGACCUCGUGAAGCUGAGGGCAUUGUUGCUUACUUGAAGAAGCAAAGUGGCCCUGCUUCAGCUGAAAUUAAGUCAGCUGAGGAUGCUGCCGAGGUUGUCGGUGACAAGAAGGUUGUCGUGGUUGGUGUUUUCCCCAAGUUAUCCGGUGAGGAGUAUGACAGCUUCAUGGCUCUUGCUGAGAAAAUGCGUGCUGACUACGAUUUCGCUCAUACUUCGGAUGCCAAGUUCCUUCCACGUGGAGAGUCAUCUGUUGCAGGACCUCUUGUUAGGCUAUUCAAGCCUUUUGAUGAACUUUUUGUUGAAUCCAAGGAUUUCAAUGUGGAAGCGAUGGAGAAAUUUGUCAAGGAAUCUAGCAUUCCGAUUGUCACCAUCUUUGACAGUGAUCCAGCCAACCAUCCUUACGUUAUCAAGUUCUUCGACAGCCCUGAUGAUAAGGCAAUGUUUUUCAUGAACUUCACUGGCGAAUCUGCCGAGUCUUUCAAAUCAAAGUACAAUGAAGUUGCUAGAUCUUACAAGGGAAAAGGUCUUAGCUUCCUGCUGGGAGAUGUUGAGAACAGUCAAAACGCUUUCCAGUACUUUGGACUCGAAGAGAGCCAGGUUCCUCUCAUUGUCAUCCAGUCUAACGAUGGUAAGAAAUAUUUGAAAGCAAACUUGGAGGUGGACCAAAUCGAGUCCUGGUUGGGGGACUUCAAGGAUGGAAAAGUUGCGGCUUACAAAAAGUCUCAACCCGUUCCAACUGAAAACAACGAGCCAGUGAAGGUUGUCGUUGGAGAAAGCAUUGACGACGUGGUUUUCAAUUCGGGAAAGAACGUUUUCCUCGAAUUCUAUGCCCCGUGGUGUGGACACUGCCAAAAGCUCGCCCCGAUCUUGGACGAAGUCGCCGUCUCAUUCCAGAGCGACCCGAAUGUCGUUAUAGCAAAACUAGACGCCACCGCAAACGACUUCCCGACCGAGACAUUCGACGUGAAGGGCUUCCCAACAAUAUACUUCAGGUCAUCGAGUGGAAACAUUGUGCAGUACGACGGAGACAGGACAAAGGAAGACAUAAUAAGCUUCAUCGAGAAAAACAAGGACAAACCCGCAGCUGAGGAACCUAAGGAGGAAGCAAAAACCGAGGAACCCGAGGAGGAGGAGCCCGCAAAGGACGAACUCUAAACCGAGAGAGAGAGAAAGAGAGGUAGGAAAGGUGGAAGGUGUGUUACUCUUCGCUGCUAUAGAGUUAGUAUGGUAGUAAUGAGGAAUACAACACACACACACACACAACAAGACUUUUUAUGAGUUAGGGGAGGAUCUCUUUAAUCUAUCAGAGUGACGUUGCUGAACUUGUUCAUCUGCCGCCUCAUUUCGCCUUUUUUUUUUUCAUUUUGUCUUUAGGUUUUUUUUUUUUUUUUUUUUUUGAAUAAUCUCCUUGUUGGUUUUGUGUUCCAUGGAAUAAAACUUGGUUUUGAGGCAAAACCUUCGAGCAGGAACUUGUAUC